AUCUUCCAAUUAAUCAUCUUAGGAGAUAUUGGCUGUGUGAUAAAGUUUUGAGAAUUCCUUUUCUUUAUUUGGAUUAUAACACAUACAUGCAUGAACAUUGUUUUCAUAAUUCUUUAAAGGCACAAAUCACAGGCCAGUUUGCAAUGCAGUCAUCUCAUUCUCAGAAUCUCAGUUGCUGCAUUUGUCUUCUUCCUUAGUUGUUGUUAUAUAUGUCUUCAGGUAGUAGGGCGGUCCCUGUGAUGUUGUGACCCUUUGCUCACAUUUCCCAUUUCUCUUACCAUUUGCACCGGGCUAAGGGGCGGUUGAUCAACUCAAGCGAACCGCCCUACCUUACUACAACAUAGGGACAGAAGGGAGAAGGUUGUGAAGGUGGCCUCGUUAUCCACACCUCCGGGAUCGGAUGAAUGGAGGACCGACCGACCCGGGUUUCACAAGCGUUGGCGGGCCCUGGAGUGCCUGUCAAGGGCGCGGUGGAAGAGAGAAGGAAAAAGAGCACAAAGGAUUUACAAGUCUAAUGGGAGAAGAAUGGCUGACACGUUGACUGCCUUCGAGACUAUAAAAUACAACCUGGGCAACCGAAAUACUGGGGAUCUGAUUGCUAGUUCCAAAGGUGAAGCUGUGGCCGGCCGAUAUAAGGAAAAAUUAGUUUUUGGGUUUCAGUCUUCUCCCAACCUACUUUCCGGCUCGAGCUGAGGAAUAAUGUCAGUUAUUGAAAUAUCGGAUUCAAUGUCGGUCGGGGACUCAGGUGACAUCAACGAUAAGUAUAUGCGCCUUCAUCAACAGGUUACCUGCAUGGAACCUAAAUUCCAGCAUUUAGAAGGGAAAAUUGAUGCUUUGGGUAACAUGUUUCAAACUUUCAAGAGAGACAUUGUUAAGGAAGUUGUGGAGCAAGUUGUUUCCUGUUUGCUGAAGGGAAAAAUAGAAGAGGGAGCAAAAACCAAGGGAUUUGACUUCAAGACCGACGGAAAUUGCCCGUUGAUGGAGUCAGAAGCUCAAUCCAAUAAUUCUCCUGAUGAAUCUCCUUUGAAAAAGAGACGCACCAACGCGUUUCCAUAUGUGCAAUUGAAUGUGGAUACAAAGUCGAACAAUGUCGGCUCAAAGUGCUCAAGGAGCCCCAAAUCCCCCAAUGGCCCCAAAAGGAGAAGAAGAAUUGCAAAGGUGAAGCGGCCAUUCACUUGUGGACCUUUUCUACUUGCAGAUGACACGUCCAAUGAAAUUGUGGACCUCCUCAAUUUCAUAUUUAUGAAGCGGCCACUUACUCGUGAGGAAGCAAAAUUUGACAAUGAGAUCGUUGCAAGUUGUGACGGCUUUUCUGUUACAAGAUCGGACUUGGAGGAAUGUUUGAACCCUGGGAAGUACUUGGAUGAUUCUGUGAUAAACAUUUAUGCAAGCUUGCUUAAUGAGAACAAAUCAGAUAACUGGUUUUUACCAACCUACUUUGCGGCCGGUGUAGCAACUGCUCACAAAAGGAUGAAUGAAGUUAAGUGGACUGAGAAUGUAUAUUCACUAUGCAAACUGGAUAGAUUCAGAGGGAGGAUGAAAGAAGCAACUCAGAUAUUCAUUCCAAUGCAUGACAAUAUUAACAAGCAGCUUGGCCACUGGUACUUAUUGUUGGUGAGUUUGCAAUGUGGUCAAGCCAUCCUAGUUGAUAGCGCUCCUGAUAUUUCAAGAGAGUGUAUUCGCGUAGGGCAUGCAAGACGAGUGCUUCAUCUGUUGGACAAGGUUUUUGAAGAUAAAAUGAAGUUGUACAUGCCAUGCGGUUUUCACUUUGCUACUUUACCUUGGGCGACUGGUGAAAUUUUCCCAAUCCAAACAAAUGACUUUGAUUGUGGAGUUUUUGUCAUAAGAAAUAUGCAGCACUUUAGGAAAAAAUGGAAUGAAAAGUACGUAUCAGAAGACCAUCGGGCAAGUUUGGCCAUUGAAUGUGUCAGACAUCAACGUAAUGAGUUGGAUGAUGUUAAGAGCAUGAUCCAGCAAUGUUUGCGCCUUGGUGGCAACCUUGAACCUGUGGUGCACUUGCUUUCUUCCGACUGCACUUAACUAAGAAUGUAAAGAGUGCAGAGAAUGAUAAAGAUUGUAUUUUUAACAGGGCAUCAUAUGUUUCUUUAUAGGACAUUUUAUC